AUGGAUUUUGGAUGCACAGGUACGAUCCGGCAAAACAGACUAGAAAAAUGUCCUCUAAAUAAAUCUGCAAUGAAGAAAUCGCAUAGGGGUUCUAUGGACUCGUACGUUAAUUCAACUAAAGAAGUUAUUGUUAUGCAAUGGAAAGAUAACUCCAUAGUCCAUGUUGCUUCAAACUGCUUUGUCUUGCAGCCCACAAAAGCAGCACGCCGUUAUUCUGCUGCUGACAAAAAAUAUAUUAUGGUAGAGAUGCCUCAUGCUAUUCAGCAGUACAAUACUAAUAUGGGUGGUACAGAUUUAAUGGAUAGAAAUAUUUCUAAUUAUCGCCCGCAACUGCGUAAUAAUAAAUGGUGGUGGCAAGUUUUUAUACAUCUUUUAUGCGCUUCGGUCUCUAAUGCUUGGAUCUUAUACAGAAUCUCAAAAGAUGAGAAAAAAAGAAAUCUAGUGCUGAUGAAUUCAUGGACAGUUCUCGUUCUCUUGAUUUACUUGGCUUUAUCAGAUACAUUGUAUCAACAUAUUUACUUCUGAGUCCCAGAGCACAAAGACAAGACGGAGCUAUAUUUCUAAAGGUUCCUGAGGCAGUCUCCAAGAAUAUGUCUGUUUUGCACUACCCAAACUCCAUGAAACAAAAUAGAUGGAAAGUUUGCAAAAAAAAUACUACAUUUGGUUGUGGUAUAUGUAUGAUUAAUGUACAUCCACUCGAUUGUUUUAAAAUAUUUCAUCAAAGUGCAUCUUCG